AUGUCUAAGGAGGAGGACAUUCUUGGGCUCAUCGAGCUGCAAUACGACCGGCAGCACCGCAUGGAGCGGCUGCUGGACAAUGCACGCAAGUCCGGUCAACUGAAGUCAGUUGGCGGGUUGACGUCUCGUUUGCAGGUUCUCGACACGUACUGGGCUCAGUUCCAGGAUGAUCAUCGCACGAUCCGAGCGUCUCGCCUCAAGACCGUGCGAGAGUCGGACUACGUGCGACAGGAUGCCUGUGGCACGGUACAGGAAGUCUACAUUGCGCAGCGCGCAGAAAUCCAAACCCUGCUCGAUGGGUUGAAGGUUCAGGAGGCUGAGUCGGCUGCUCACGCAGUCCCCGCGCAGGCAGUAGUGCCCGAGGCUUCGUUGCCUCGCAUUCCCAUUCCGAAGUUCGAAGGGAAGUUUGACGAAUGGCGCAAUUUUAAGGAUCUCUUUGAGUCCUUAAUAGUCGAUAACCCGUCGUUAGCAUCAGUUCACCGGAUGCAUUAUUUAAAACAGAGCGUGUCGGGAGAGCCUGAACGUCUGCUCCGGCACUACGGCGUCGCUACUGGCUCGUUUGAGCAAGCGUGGGAAGCGCUAUGUGCACGGUACGAUAAACGUCGUUUGCUUGUGGACCAGCAUCUCGACGCUUUCCGGGAUAUUGGCCCGAUGCGUCAGGAGAGCGUCUCCGAGGUUCGGAGGCUGUUGGAUCGAGCCAGCGAGCUGCGAGCCGCCUUGCGCCUUCUUGACCAGCCAGUGGAUGCUUGGGACGUGAUAUUGGUUAAUAUCCUCCGUUCCAAGCUGGACUCUGCAACGCGGCGGGCCUGGGAGAUGGCCACCGCGGACCGGCGCGAGCCAGUGAGCUGGGACCGACUGGCAGUCUUCCUGGACGAGCGUCGGGUGGCGCUCGAGGCGGUUGCCGCGGCUCCGUCCAUUGGGGACGGCCCCCGUGCCUCAUCGGCAUCCGAGCGGACUGGUCGACGAUCGCUACAUCUUCAUCGGCCCAAGCCGACCCGUUGCGCUGGGUGCGGUUCUGAGCAUGGACUCAGAGAGUGUUCGGCCUUUAAAGAUCGGCCGGUCUCUUCGCGACGGGCAAGGGUGCGCGCUCUCGGGUUGUGCUUCAACUGCCUCGGUCCGUCGCACCAGGCGGCCGCUUGCCCGUCUAAGGGUCGAUGUCGGGAGUGCGGAGAGCCGCACCAUUCACUUCUGCACUCCGCUCGGCAGUCUCCGGCCGCGGCGUCGGGGGAGGCGCCGGUCACGGCGCAUGCUGCGACGCGGAUGCCUGCACAGCGAGUGCUUUUGGCCACAGCCAGGGUUUGUCUGAUGGCGUCCGAUGGCCGAUCCGCUGUGGUUCGAGCGCUCAUUGACCAGGGCUCUGAGGUGAGCCUGGUGUCCGAGGCGCUUGCGCAGCGGCUGCGCGCGUCUCGUAGAUCGGUGGAUGUUGGGCUGUCGGGCGUCUCAGAGGGACCCCCUCAGCGGGUGCGGGCCAGCACGUCAUUGCGGCUCAGGGCAACUGCUGGCCUCCCGUUCUCCACCACGGUGGAGGCCCUCAUUCUACCGAGGCUUACGGCGUACCACCCCCCGCAGAGGGCUUGGCUGACGGGGAGGUGGUCGCAUUUGAGGAACCUCCGGUUGGCGGAUGAUCACGAUGAUGACGAGCGCAUCGAGGCGAUACUUGGAGCGGAGGUAUUCGCCGAGAUCGUGUUGACGGGGCUUCGCCGGGGCCCACGGGGAGCUCCCGUCGCGCAGCGUACCCGCUUGGGGUGGGUGCUGUUCGGGGCUCUCCCGUCUGCCGCCGGAGCGGGCGGCUCUCAUUGUCAUGUGGUGCAGUGUGCGUCGGACAACAUGGCGGAUCUCUUGCGGCGCUUCUGGGAGGUGGAGGAGAUUCCGGUUGCUUCCCCGCUCUCUGAGGAGGAGCGGGCUUGUGAAGAGUUUUUCGCGGCGUCCUUUCGGCGUCGUGCGGACGGCCGCUAUCAGGUGCGGUUGCCUUUCAGGAGCCCUCCGACUGAGCUGUCUCUCGGCGACACUCGGCGGAUUGCCACUGCCUCGUUGCAUCGCUUGGAGCGGCGACUGCUUCGGCAGCCUUCCUUGGGCGGGGCCUAUCGCGACUUUCUUGUUGACUAUGAACGACAGGGGCAUAUGAUCCGCCUGCCGCUCAAUGUCGAGACCCCGCGGCCCUCUUACUUUAUUCCACAUCACCCGGUGAUUAAACAAGCCCCCGAGCUUAAGGUAAGAGUGGUGUUCAACGCCUCGCAGGCGUCCACCAAUGGCCGGUCGUUGAACGACUUGGUGCACGUGGGGCCGCGCUUACAGCGAGAACUGGGCGAGAUUCUACUUGCCUGGCGCAUGCAUCGAGUGGCCUUCUCUGCAGACAUCGAGCAAAUGUUUCGUCAAGUGCGGGUGGCUCCGGAGGAUCAACACCUCCAACAGAUUCUCUGGCGAGACAGCCAGACGCAGACAAUAUCGGUGUACCGGUUGACCACGGUCACCUAUGGCAUGGCGUGCGCUCCUUAUCUGGCCAUCCGCACGCUGCACCAGCUGGCGCUGGAUGAGCGGGAACGUUAUCCCCGGGCAGCAGACUUACUUUGUCGACAAACCUACGUCGACGAUAUUCUUGCGGGGGCAGAUGACCUUGGGGAGGCACGCCAUCGACAGCGUGAGCUGAGCAGCUUGCUCAUGGCGGGCGGGUUCCGACUCAGGAAGUGGGCGGCCUCACAUCCGGAACUCUUGUCCGGUAUCCCGGAGGGGGACCGCGAGCCUUUGGUGCCUCUUGCCGGACUCUGGGGCCGUGGGUGCAUCUGUGCUGGGGUCGUUGCGCGAUUAUACGACCCCCUGGGCUGGUUGGGGCCUAUGGUAGUACUGGCGAAGAUCCUCCUUCAGGACUUGUGGUUGGCCGGGCUCGGUUGGGAUGAGGCUCUCCCUUCUCCGCUCUCGCGACGUUGGGACGCCUUUAGCACCGGGCUCGCGGAGGUUUCCGCGAUCCGAGUUCCUCGCUGGACCGGAUGGUCGCCUGAAGUGGAGAUCCAGCUUCACGGCUUCUCGGACGCCUCGGAGCGGGCGUACGCCGCCGUCAUCUACUUACGGGCUCGACGGUCUGAUGGGACCACCCGUGUCGCUCUAUUGGCGUCCAAGACCAGGGUCGCCCCACUAAAGCGGGUAUCGUUGCCCCGCCUGGAGCUGUGCGGUGCGCAGCUGCUCUCGCGCCUCAUGAAGGCCAUUGUGGAGGCGCUCGGUUCUGCCGAGGCCUCCCUGGUUUGUUGGACCGACUCCUCUGUCACGCUCCAUUGGAUAACAGGGCAUCCAUCUCGAUGGACCACCUUUGUCGCCAAUCGCGUCUCGUACAUUCACGAGAGCCUUCCGCGGGCCUCGUGGCGGCAUGUCCCGUCCGGCGACAAUCCCGCGGAUUGCGCCUCCCGGGGUUUGUUGGCCGGCGGGCUACGAGAACACGCCCUUUGGUGGCGUGGCCCCUCUUGGCUUGUCGAGGACCCGGCGGGCUGGCCGGGUCUAACUUGUGUCGCGGUCGACCGAAGCAUUAGCGAGGAACGGCGCAUGGUUCACGUGGUGGCCGUGAACCCGGAGGACUGGUCCGGUGUCCUCCGAGCAUGCUCCUUCCGCAAGGCCAUCCGCGUGAUGGCCUAUGUACGACGAUUCCUGCGAGUCCCACGGAUCAGUGGACCCUUAACGGCGGACGAGCUGAGUGAAGCUCGACUGCGCCUGCUGCGGGUUACGCAGCACCGCUUCUUCGCAGAGGAGUUGGGUCGUCUGAAGCGGGGGGGAGCAUUGAUGGUGAGAUCGGCAUUGCGGCCACUCAACCCCAUGAUGGACGAGCGGGACCUCUUGCGGGUGGGGGGCCGCCUGCAAUUCUCAGCGUUACCGAUCGAUGCACGGCAGCCAGUCCUGCUACCGCGACGCUCUCGGCUCGCGACUCUCGUUGUGCGAGAUGCGCACGAACGCACGCUGCACGGGGGAGUGCAGCUUACGUUGCUCACCGUGAGGCGCGAAUUCUGGAUUCCAGCUGGGCGCUCUUUCGUGCGCCAGGUGAUACGGGGCUGUGUGCGCUGCACACGCCAUAAGGGCACCCCGAUCACCCCGUUCAUGGCUCCGCUGCCUCGCGAUCGGGUGUUGCCUCAUCCACCGUUCUCUGCCACCGGGGUGGAUUAUGCUGGACCGGUCGCGGUGCGUCCGUCUCGAGGACGCGGACGUACCACCUCCAAGGGAUAUAUUGCUGUCUUCGUCUGCUUCAGCACGCGCGCUGUCCACUUGGAGGUGGUCAGUGACUAUUCGGCCCCGACUUUCUUAGCGGCCUUUCAUCGUUUCGCGGCCCGGCGGGGCCUGCCGGUUACCGUGUACAGCGAUAGGGGGACCACAUUUGUGGGUGCGGACCGCGAGCUGCGAGGGCAGUUUGAGGCGGUCAUGGCGUUGGGGGGACCGGUCGCGGCCUCCUUGAGUAACCAGGGCACCACCUGGAAGUUCAUGCCUCCUUCAGCUCCGCAUUUCGGCGGACUGUGGGAGGCGGGAGUGCGGUCCGUCAAACACCACUUGCGACGGGUAAUAGGAGAGCAGGCACUGACCUUUGAGGAGUUCGCCACUCUUCUAGCUCGCAUUGAGGCCUGUCUCAACUCCAGGCCAUUGUGUCCGUUGACGGACGACCCACAGGACUUGGAGGCCCUGACACCUGGACACUUCCUGAUUGGGCGCCCGCUGUUGUGUCCGCCUGAGCGAUCCCUCGGGGACGUUCAGGUCGCGAGGUUGAGUCGCUGGCAGCUGCUCCAGCAUAUGACGGAGCAUCUUUGGGAGCGAUGGUCUAGAGAAUAUCUAGCCCAGCUCCAGGUCCGGGGCAAGUGGCUCAUCGCUUCUCGUCCGUUGGACAUCGGCGACCUCGUGCUCUUGGCGGAUAGCCGAUUUCCUCCUACUCGGUGGCCUUUCGGCCGCAUCACCGGCUUGCUGCCUGGCCCGGAUGGGCACGUCCGCGUGGCGCAGGUGCGCACAGCGGACUCGACCUUGACCCGGCCACUGGUCAAGCUGUGGAACAGUAGUUUGUUAGUAGUGUGCCCUCAACUAGUCACGUCACCGAACGCUUCUCACGUACUAGGUGUGACGCAUGAGUUCUGCUUUCAGCCAUUACCAAAGAACGACCAGAUACUAGGUAUAUUUACUAAAAUGGAUAUUGUACUUGUAGCCGGUGCGAUAACUGGUGGAUAUAAUUUAUUAAAAUUAAUUGUUGGAAAAACUCAGAAUGAAGAGAGCAGUGAAGAAGAAUACGAUCGCUGGAAUGAAGAGGCAAAUAUAUUUGAGGCACGGAUACGUAAACGAGGAGAUUUCAGACACGUUACGAGAAUUGAAGAUUAUGUAAAUAUAACAAUACGUGACUAUUCAGAAAGACAAUUCAGAGAACAUUUCCGAAUGACUAGAGAAACAUACGAAAUUUUCGAGCAAAUAUUGGCACCUGAUCUGAUUAGAACAGCGGAAAGUGGAAGACAUACUUUAGAUGUCCGGACACAGUUACUUGCAGUUCUGUAA